AUGGGGCCUGCUGUUGCUGCCAGCGAUCUCCGAGCUCCACCUCCAGCAAUUCCCUCACCUGCCACUCCACACGACUCCCUCGAGACACCUGCGCUGUCCGCCUGCCCUCAGCAGCAAUCACCCGCCCUGCAGAGACCUUCCUUCCCCUUCGAUGACUGCGCGGCCCUUGUUCCUCCUGAACCAAGGCAUGUCGCUAUUGCCGCCUGUCCGCCCACUACUCCCACUCCCCCCGCCGACGGUCCAUUGCUGCCCGAGAUGAACCUCAUGGUCGGCGGUGCCCUCGCUCCCGUCCAUCCAAACAGAUCUCCUGUCAACCACCGCUCCAAUACCCGCCCACGUCCCGCCUUGCGCCUGCCCUCCUUUCAAGCCCUCGGCAUUGCUGCCCCCCAUCCCGACCGCUUCGGAGGCCUGCCGCUGGACGGCGGCGAUGAUACCGCCCUCAUGGCCCCGCUCUCGGACCUCAUUCGCCUGCAAGAGGAGCUCGACCUCGGACACACAGCACAUCCCUCCGUGCCCGCCAAUCUUGCACCCGACUGUCCUUCACGAAAGGCCGGUGACACCAAUUCUCCCCGAAAUCCUAGCCGAGCUGUAUCAACCCCCUUCAGGCACGAUGUCGCGACCCUGACACCACCUGCCGAGAUUGGCGACAUCUCGUGGCUCCCCACCGCGACAAUCUCCAAUGCUCCAGUAGACUCGCGGGCAACAGAUUCGGUGAAUGCGGGCACGGUGGACUCGCACGCUGCGGAGAGCGCUGAAGGCAAUGCAGCGCAUACGCCGCCAGGCCCAGUGCAGCUCUCGAAUGGCCCGCCAGGCAGCUCGUGGAUCGACAAAGCCCUAGCUGUACUCCGUAAGUUGCCGUUGAACUAUGGCAUCUUUGCAAAUUGGAAAAGUGCCCGACUUCCUGUCAGCUCUUUCUCCCUAGAAUGCGAGCCUCGGGAAGGACAUCGUCUUCCAACUUCCAAAGAUGCUGUAGGUAUCUGCAAGACGCCUUGACUUACACGUACCUAGUUCGAAACCUCUCUACCGCCGCUUUACCUGCAAACCCACUGCGAGUACUCUCUCAUGCACUCCCAAGCCCAUCUCCAUAUGGCCAUAUAUUUCCCCAUAUCAUCGAGGCCAUGCAUGGCGCAACCCCAUCCGAACCGACCGUGUGGAUCAAUGUAUUCCAUGCCAUCCAAGGCCGAUUCAACCUAGCCGAUCUGCCGACCUCGCCUCCAGCGACCCCAGGUCCACCGAUCCGAGGGGAAGACUACUUCACGCAAAAGGUCUUCGACAGCGCCGUUCCCAUUUCUGACUAUCAGGAAGAUCUCUCAGGCCUGCCUCGAUCGCCUCGUCCGGUGGUGCCUCCGUCUUCCAUCAACGUUUCCAUCGUCGAGCGAUACAUUCCGCCAACAAGCCCGCAUGAAUUCAUCGACAUGUUCAAUCCGAGUGGACCCUCGCUCCUCGUGGACCGGCUUGUGGAACUGUCUCCGAACAACGGCAGUCUGGUCUUCAUCUAUCCCACCCGAACGGGAGCCCAGACAUUCAUGCGAGACUACCUGGGCCCAAUCCUGGACCCGGCUCUGCGCUCCAUCGUGGUCGUGAACGGCCUCUCCUCGAAUCUGAGCAUGAUCCUUGGCAAGAUGAUCGCCGUAGAUCAGAUGCUCGAGUUCGAGCAAAUGAAACGAUCUGUCCAGACGUUAUGCGCGAAGCUCACGCAGCGCAGCUCCAGCAUGCAGCGAUUCCAUGGCAGCCGUGCGACGUUCUCGCUUGCACACGCGUCGUCAGAAGAGGUGCAUCUGGACCGAGAGACCUGGGCGAAGGAAUGGUGGUCGAAGCAGGAAAAGCCGCGAGUGCGUGAAGCUGUGACGAGAUACACCCAAGAAGCGCAGAAGAGGAGUAGCAACGAGAAUAUGGACAGAGCGCCUAGUCCAACAGAGCUGAUCCAACAGCUACUGAACUUUGUGGCCAAGCGAGAGUAUCCUCCAGGACAGGAGCCGACGAGCGGGAUAGAGCUCAGCGUUUUUGUGAUUCAGCGGUCGAAUUAG